AUGCUACUUAUCCCGCAUCCAGCAUUAUCCCAGCGAACAUAUAUCGAUGAGAAUGCUUUGCAACCUGCGCAGGUGAACACAUACUGGAAUUGGGGGGAAGUCAACAAAGCAGACGUGUAUUUGAACCACAUCGAAGGGCUUUACGCUUCGAAUGCAUCUAGCCACCUGCGAGCAGAGUUUAUCAAAGACGAGUUUGCGAAGCUUGGCCUUUCGUCCUCACUGCAGAACUAUUCAUACAUCACAAGCAGCGGGGAUGUUCAAGGAGUGAACGCAUAUGCGGUGUUGUCGUCACCUCGCACAGCGAGCACGGAAGCCAUAGUUGUCAGUGCAGCAUGGUCCAGUGGCAUACAAGAUGGUCAAACACCUAACAUGCGGGGCGUGGCUACUGUCCUGGCCCUCGCCGGGUAUUUGAAAGGUUAUUCUUUAUGGGCCAAGGAUCUUGUGUUCGUCGUCAGUGAUGGUUACUUGGAUGGAAUGUAUGCAUGGCUCAAUGCAUAUCAUGGAACAGUGCCAGCUAAUCUACAGUCAGGACCACUCGAGUAUCCUUCAGGAACCAUAUGGACGGCCUUAAACAUAGAUUACCCUGGGCAUUCGUUUUCUCAUCUGGGGGUAUUUUACGAGGGGUUAAAUGGCCGCUUACCGAACCAAGAUCUCAUUAACUCGUUGGCAUUAAUAUCAGCGUACACAGGGGGUGUCCCAGUAACUGUUUACGAUCACAUAGAACCCCGGGAAAACUUGGAAUUAUGGGAUCAAACUACCAUCAUCCCACACUGGGUUCCUGCUGCGCUACGACAUCAUCCUGCUUUGGUAGAGUAUGCAUACAGGGCACGUAACAUAAUUCGUCAUGUCAGCUUUCAAGCUCGUGGCAGAGCUAGUGGUGUCCAUGGCCUUUUCCACAAAUUUCGUAUUGACGCUAUAACACUUUUUGCUAUACCUGCCAUAGGACCGCAUGGCUUUCACGCUUUGGGAAGAAUUCUCGAGUCAACCCUUAGAACGGCUAACAAUCUUCUCGAGCGACUUCAUGCUUCAUUCUUCUUCUACAUCUUGACGACCCCUGGAGAGUUCAUGAAAAUAGGAAAGUUCUUACCGAGUCCAAUACUCAUUGGCAUCGGCUUGAUGUUAGGUGGACUGGGAGCAUGGGUCAACGCCGGGUGUCUUCAAACAUUGGCUGAGAACGGUGGAAUAACAUGGCUACGAAGACGACGGAGAGUGGCGGACACUCUCGUGGUGAUGGCGGCAAUGCACGUAAUGGGUGCAAUUGCCUUCAUCACCACUUCCUCACGAAUAGGUUCGACCCAACCGGCUAUUUCAUGGGCCAUUUUUGCGAGUGUGUACACUGUCCCUCUGACGCUGAAGCCAUACAUGUCGAGGGGUCAUGGGAACAAGGUUGCACCCUUUUCCUUGGUGCUGAAAUCCUUUAACCUCUACCUUUCGUCGGCUGUUAUCUCGAUCGUUUCUUUGCUUAACUUUUCAUUGGCUGCUAUGCUUGCAGUGUUUUUAGGCAUCCCCCUGAUCACAUCGAGCAGCUCACCAAACUUUACGUUGUCCAUUAUGCGUUAUACAGGCUACUCUAUCUUGGCAUGUUGGUGGAUGCUCUUGUGCCCUUCCCAGGUCAGUUCUGCUGUGAGCAAUUGGGAUGUCCUUGGAGUGUGGUUUGCACCAUUUAUGUUCCUAGUAUACGUUCCGCUAGUGAUGCAAGCAGCAUUCGUUACCCUUCAGAUAGAAUGA